AAUUUUCAGAAAGGUUAGUUUGCGCAUGCGCAGUUUGCCUAGCCACCUCCCAAAAUGGCCGAGGCUAGGAAUGGUGAUGAGGGAGAAGCUGGAGGAGAGUCCACCAAUGGUGCCAUAAGUUUCAGAGCCGUGUGGAAAAAGGAAGUGUACAAUAUUGAUUUUUCAGAAAAUAAAACAAUUGGAGCACUCAAGACACACUUGCACUCGUUAACAGGUAUACCUCCAGGAAUGAUGAAACUCAUGUACAAAGGUAAUUUAAAAGAUGUCUCAACUCUAAAAGAAGCUAAGAUAGUCCCGGGGAUAAAGAUAAUGGUAAUUGGGUCUACCAUUACUGACGUAAUAGCAGUUAGCCCUCCUGACCCUGCAGAGCUAAAACAAAGUGCUUCGGAAGAAACAGACUCUGUAAAGGAAUCACUCUCAGAGCAAACUCAACACAAAAAGAUUCUUGAUAAAGGCAAGCCUGACGAUGUAUACCCAGGUAUCAAGCACAGCAACGAUCCACUCCCUCCUUCCCCUAUAUCUGGACUUUGCAACAAAUACGGUGCCAAAGUUAGACUACAUUUUAAACUUGAGCUGGAGCAGCUUUGGAUUGGAACAAAAGAGAGGACUGAUAAAGUACCACUUGGAUCCAUUAGAAAAGUAAUAUCUGAACCAAUCAAAGGACAAGAGGAAUAUCAUAUAAUGGCAUUACAAUUAGGCCCAACAGAGAACUCUAGGUACUGGCUGUAUUGGGUGCCAGCUCAAUUUGUAGAAGCUAUCAAAGACGUUAUAUUAGGAAAAUGGCAGUAUUUCUGAUUUAAAAAUUGUAUAUUAUUAUUAUUAUUAUUAUCAAAAAGUAUAACUCCUCCCAGAUCUUUAUAUUAUUAUUUAUUAACUUUCAAUGAAAAUAAUGAUUAUUAUUAUUAUUAUACAAACAAUACAAAUUAAUAGACGACA